AUGUUUCAAAUAAAAGAGAAAGAAAAAAAAGAAAAGAUACAAAGAAAGAAACUAGCACGACAAGAACGGCUACACCAAAAAAGAUUACAAAGUAUUCAAAUACCAGUCUAUGUCACACAGAUCAUAGUUGAUCUACUCUCUGCCGACUGUGUCAUCGAUAAUGAUAACCGACAAAUAUUAUCAUUGGCAAGUGUUUGCAAGAGAUGGUUCGAUCGUGUAAAGUUGGCACUACAAGCAAUGCCUAUCAAUUCGAAACGAAGCUUUCGUAUGCCAGUUUCUAUUACUAGAUACACAUACGGUGAAUUCUAUGAAUGUUAUGACUACAAUGAAAUCACGCAAAAACGAGGUGCAUAUGCUCUAUGUCAGUUGGAGAGGCUCGAUUUCAGAGCAGCGACAUAUGGGUCUCUUAAAAGAAAAGAAAUAGAGUUGGUAGAGUCAUACACACCAAAGUUACGAGAAUUGCAUAUUCUGAACCUGGACAAGUACGUGGAGGAGGAUGACGAAAUCGCCGACAAUCUAGAAUUAUUGUCACUGCCAAUGCCAGAGUUGGAUAGUCUAUGCAUCAAACACACCACCGAUUACGACGACGUAAUAUCUGCCUUUCCAUCUGACGUCGAUCAAUGUAUCAAACUAUUCCAACAAUGUCAAUCGAUUGAAUUGGUUGAUAUAUCUGAUAGUAUUUCACCCCAACAUGAUGGUUUGGACAGUGUAGUAUCUGCACUUUCAAUAUUGCCACGACUUACAACAUUGAAACUCAGUCGAUUUGGGACAUUUGCAAAGUCAAUACCAAGUACAGUCACAUCGAUAUGGAUCUAUAGUAAACGUUUCUAUGGGGGAGGCGAUAGAUGGACACCAGAGUUUAAAGAGUAUGUCAAAGAGGCAAAACAACUCAAAUCACUCAAGUAUCUGUUCCUCGAUCGAGAAUGGUUAAGAGUACUUGCACACACCAACCUCACACAGUUAUACUUGGUGAUACCCAAGACUGACACUAUCGAUGUUGGAACACCACUCGUCAUGCCAACACUAGAAUUUUUGGAACUAGAUAUGGACGACUACUUCUUUGGCAUCAACAAGGACUCUAACCACAUCCCCUAUCUUUAUGGAUUUGGAUUAGAUCAAUUGCCUUGUCUAAGAAAUCUAGUUCUCAUGCUAAAACAAGAUAGUUGGGAUUAUGUAACCGAUCUCAUAUCACAUUCAAAGAGUAUCAAGACAAUAUCAACACGUAUCGUUGGCUGCACUCAAACCAAAUGCAACAAACUCUUUGACACUAUCCAACAGAGUCAUACAUUCAAAAGAUUGCAUAUUAGAAUUAACCCAAAAGAUUAUGAAUGUGAUAACCGGUUGGAUCAUAGUGAAAUAGAAAAAAGGAGAAAACAUAUCACUAAAUCCCUAAACAAUCUUUACUCUACACUGAUCAAAUCAUUUUAUCAAUAUCAAUUGGAUCACCCAGAAUCACAUUUAAUAGGUCUACAACUUAAAGAUAGUUUCUCAAUUACCAAUACAAAUAAUCAUUAUUAA